CAAACCCAUCUAAUAACCUUCAACGCCAACCCACACUUCUGCUGCUUCUCCCAAUCAACCAAAGCCCUUUCACACACUAAACAAUGCGGCUUCUAAUCCCCGUCGUCGUCCUCCUCAUCUUGUCCGUCGCCGCCCCUCCCGUCGCAGCCUGGCGUCCAUGGCCUCAUCUCUUCCCAAACACCUCCGUCUCCUCCCCCACGGCGCCGAACCCCAAGCCCGACCUCGCUGCUUCAAAGAAAUACGAAGGUUCAUCGGAGUUCGUCCAUCUCCGUUACCACAUGGGUCCCGUUCUCACGGCCAACAUCACCGUCCACCCAAUAUGGUACGGCACUUGGUCACCCUCCCAGAAACACGUCAUCCGGGCCUUCAUCCGUUCCAUUUCCCCAACCCGCCCGUCCUCCGUCCCCCAUCCCUCCGUCUCCGCCUGGUGGCGCACCGUUCGCCUCUAUACCGACCAGACUGGCUCCAACAUCACCGCCAUUGUCCGCCUUGGCGCUGAAAAGAACGAUCGGUUCUACUCCCACGGCGAGCAACUCACCCGCUUCUCCGUACAGUCCAUCAUCCGUACCGCUGUCACCGCUCGCACCCGUCCCCUUCCCGUAAACCCCCGCGGCGGAUUCUACCUCCUCCUCACCUCAUCCGAUGUCGGGAUGGAUGAUUUCUGCGGCAAUGUGUGCGGAUUUCACUAUUUCACAUUUCCGUCCGUGGUUGGUUACACGUUGCCGUACGCCUGGGUGGGGAACUCCGGCGGCCGGUGCGCGGAGGUCUGCGCUUACCCUUUUGCCAUCCCGUCGUACGUGCCGGGUCGGCGGCCCGAGCGAGCCCCGAACGGGGAUGUGGGGGUGGACGGGAUGGUUAGUGUGAUAGGACACGAGUUAGCUGAGAUGGCCUCGAAUCCGCUCAUCAACGCGUGGUAUGCCGGCGGGGACCCGUCUUUCCCUACCGAAAUCGCUGAUUUGUGUGAGGGCAUCUACGGAACAGGCGGCGGUGGAGCGUACACCGGCCAGCUCCUCGUGGACGGCCGGAGCGGCGGAUCUUAUAAUCUCAACGGCGUCCGCGGAACCAAGUUUCUUGUCCAGUGGAUUUGGAACCCGUACCUCAACUACUGCAACGGUCCAAACGCGCUUGACCUAUAAACUGCCUUCAUCGAUCUAUAUCCAUGGCCAAGUCGGAAGAAGGAAACAGGUAAAAAACCCGGGCGAAAUUGAAGAACUAGGGAAGCUGUUCUUUUGAAUUUCUCUUUUGCUUAUUGAUAAUAUUUUACUCUUCUUCUUCCUUGUUCUUGCUGCUUUCCUUGCUCCACCGUGCUAGUGGGCAAUCAAUGGGAAAGUGGAGGACUAAAGAAGAAAUUAAGGACGAUAUUCAUGAAACCAUUUCCAGUAUAAUUAUUGCCUUUGUACAGUAGCUGUUGAAGCUUGCUGUAGAAGCCCUGUAAAAGCUCAUAUCUGUGUUGCUGUUCCAGUGAUUUAUCAACUGCUUUUGUUUCUUUUUA